AUGACUACGACACCGGACCAAGUUAUAAGCAUUCUGGAAGAUACGGCGCAACUAUUCCAAAAGGCUAAGAUCAACCUUAAGAAAUGCCCUAAGGAACGCCUCACAAAGGGGUACCUGGAAUCCAGAAUUAAAUCUAUAAACGAAUAUUGGCAAACAUUCAAGCAAGCUCACCAAGAUUUAAUAAGGUGCACUACAAGGGAGCAGAGAGGCAAUUUGCCAUAUUUCGUAAAUGAGGAAUUCUAUGUACAAGAAGACGUGUACCUCUACUUACAAGGAUAUCUAAAGGAUUUGUUGGAGUUAAAAACCAGUUCCAGUAAUCGAAGCCCAAGUGUCAACGAUACGAGUACAUCGAGUCAUGUAUUAGCGCGGUUGCCGAAAAUACAGUUGCCGACGUUCGAUGGAAAGUAUGAAGAAUGGCCAACGUUUCAAGACUUGUUCGUUUCAUUAGUGCAUACGGACGCUGCGUUAACCAACGUGCAAAAGCUACAUUAUUUAAAAACAAGUAUCACAGGUGAGGCAGCAGCUUUAUUAAAAUUUAUUGAAAUUACAGAUGACAACUACUCCCUCGCCUGGGAUAUAUUAAAAAAUAGAUAUGGUAGUAGACGGCUAAUAGUUAAUUCCCUGUUAAAACGACUUUUUUCGAUUCGCAAAAGUAAUAAUAAUAUACAGUCCGCUCAACAUAUAAAAACACUUUUAGACACCACUAGCGAAAUUAUAAAUAGUUUGCGUAAUCAGAGAAUAGAUACGGACUCCUGGGAUCCUAUUUUAAUAUUUCUCACAGUGCAGAAACUGGACCAAGAGUCCCACAAGCAAUGGGAAGAUUUUGCACACAAGGACAACGUUGACGAACUACCGGCGUGGGCAGAUUUAUCAAAGUUCCUCGACAAUAAAUUCAGAACUUUAGAGUUAGUGACCUCUUCUACAAGUAAAGAGAAGACUACUAAGGAAAAAGUGUUCCACGUGACCAACCAAACGAAGAUGUGUAUCCGAUGUAAGGGUGACCAUACACUAGGCCACUGUCAGGAGUUUUUAAAAUUGUCUCCAGUGGAAAGAGGCCUUUAUGUGAAAGAAAACAACAUCUGUUUCAACUGCCUCUCUUCGGGACAUAUUUCUUCCAGGUGCAGGGUUCCGCAUACUUGUAAAAUUUGCCGUAAACGACAUUCUACGCUUCUCCAUCGAAAAAGAACCACAGACACUUCGGAUAACCAAGAAACUAUACAACCGACAGUAUCUACCGAACAUAAAGGAGAGAUAGUACAAGUUAACGCAAGAAUCGAACCCACUACUGAGGUACCUACAAGUGAAACCCUAUUGGCAACGUCUUUAGUGAAAAUAAGGGAUGACUAUGGGCACACUACUGUAGUAAGAGCUCUCGUGGACACAGGAUCACAAGCAAGCUUCGUAAGUGAAAGGGCAGUACAAGCUUUACGAUUGAAGAGGAAAAGCAUUAAAGGCACGAUCACAGGUAUUGGAUCAACAAGGACGACUGUAAAGCAAGCAACAGAGUUAUACGUCUUACCAAGACACGAAGAAGCAUUCAAGAUCAAGACGUAUAUCAUGCCAACGCGACUCACCUCAAAAUUACCAACCACAACCAUCUCUAACAACACCUGGACGCACUUAGAAGGUCUCGUUCUGGCAGAUCCAAGUUUCAACCAACCAGGACGAGUAGACAUGUUGCUCGGUGUAGAUGUAUGUGCCCAAAUUAUGAAAGGAGAAAUUAUCAAGGGUCCCCCAGGAACUCCAAGCGCGCAGAAUACCAGCCUGGGUUGGAUCUUAUUCGGCACUAUACAAAAGACCCAAGGAGAUGAGAUUAUAAGCAUGCAUCUGAAUCUGGAAUUGGACAAUAUGCUAAAGAAUAUGUGGGAGCUAGACACAAAUGAAAUACGAAAACAUACACAAGAAGAAAGAAAUAAGAAAGAAGAAAUAUACAAAACUACAACCACCAGAACAGAUGAAGAACGAUACACUGUAGAACUACCAAGAAAAAUAAAACAGCUACAAUGUGCCGAAAGAAAAACAAGAGAUAUUGCGCUAAAAGGGUUAUAUCAGUUAGAAAGAAGAUUUGAGAAGAAUACAAGUUUAAAAAAUGAAUACGUUAAAGUCAUGGAAGAACAUAAAGAGAUGAAUCACAAGGAAGAAGUACCAAAAGAAAAAAUCAACAAUCCAGCAGUCGGUCUACUACAUCAUGCCGUGGUCAAAGCUAAGGUGAAUAAUCUGGAAAAGGUUGCCAAGACUGCAAUGAAUACAGAUUCAAAAGAAGAAUUGCGAAAGGAAGGCUUUGUGCUGCAGAAGUUGUGCUCUAACGAUGCUGAAUUCCUGAAACAAUUUGAACUAAAACAAAGGAGUUCCAAAGUAAACCUAGAUAUAGUAAUCAAUGAUACUAUACGAGCACUUGGAUUACAAUGGAACAAAGGAACUGACAAGUUACAAUACAAUCUCAACUUACCUGCCGUAGCUGAGCCAAAAAGAACUAUCCUCGCUGAUAUACACCGUCUGUUUGACCCGCUCGGCUGGUUAGCGCCUUCCAUUUUACUUGCAAGGUUAUUAAUUCAGAAACUAUGGUUACAAGGAUUAACGUGGGAUGAAGAAGUAAACGACGUGAUUUCUGAAGAAUGGCUCGAUCUAAGAAACAGUUUCCAACAUUUAUCUGGAAUAGAGAUUAAUCGAUGGCUUCAAACAACUGAAAAACUGAUGAAGAAUGUUACAGUUCACGGAUUUUGCGAUGCCUCCAAUAAAGGUUAUGGUGCCGUCGCUUAUAUGCGAGUAAAAACUUCUGAAGGAGAAGUGAAGACUACAAUCAUCGCAGCCAAAACACGUGUGGCCUCGGUUAAGUCUAAAUCCUUACCUCGUCUUGAACUCAACGGCGCAGUGCUGCUUGCUGGUCUUCUAAAACAAAUACAGGAAUCUAUGAGAAUACCCGCCAGCCAGAUGUAUGCGUGGACGGAUUCUACUAUAGUUUUGUCCUGGCUAUUUGGAGAUCCUGCAAGAUGGAAUACUUACGUGCGAAAUCGCGUAGUUGAGAUCCUAGAUGACAUCGGCAAUCACAAUUGGUAUCAUGUCCAAUCGCAAGACAAUCCUGCUGAUAUCGCCUCGAGAGGAAUAUCCUUGGUAGAUCUGAAAGAAAACAAAAUGUGGUGGAAAGGUCCUGAAUGGUUAAGUAAUGAUGAGAUCGAAUACUGCAGACCGAAGAACAUAAGUACAAAUCUGGAAAGAAAGAAAUUUUAG